AUUUCAAAAUCUCAGAGACAGGGGAAUAGGGGUACUUUGAGUGUCCUAGAACUCGAUGGAAGAUUCACCUCGAAAGUAGCUAAAGUGAUCUGGCUUGCCUGGGACUUUGGGAGUUCAGUGCUGUUUCUUUUAGCCCCACUACGAGACUUGCAAGCCGAGACUUGACAACUUUGCCGAUGAGCAAAAUACAGACAGAUGCUUGAAACUUCAACAACUUCAAUCACGACAACAACAUUAUGCCAAAAAGCUUGGAGAAGACGCGCAAGAAGAUUGCCAAGAAGAAGGGCAACAUCACAGCACUCCAUGAGAACUCUCGAGACUCCCAGCGCCUGCGACGAGCUCAGAUGCGAGAUGACAAGUUGGUGAAGGUCGCAUCAUUGAGAAGAAAGAAUGACCAGCCUCUAAUUGAAAGAGCAGCAUACUUCCAAGAGGCCAUUCGAGAGAACGAUGGACAACCACUAGAGAUGGAGACAAUCCGAGCUCUCAUUCAAACAUUUGUUCAUCAACACGACGAGGAGUUCAGCAAAUUAAAGAAGGAGCGCCGUGCCGGAAGGCCUGCGAGUACCAGGGAAGAUUUACUACGGAUGAAGAUUGCGGCGGAUGAGAAGGAACACGAGAACGGAUUCUAUCUACCAGACCUUACAGAGGCAGAUAAUGUUGUUCUUCUAAACAAAUGGGAAGGGGCUUGGUCAUAUCUGUCGACGCUGAAGUGGGUUCGGAUUUCGAGCAAUGGCCAGGUACAACAAGCAAAAUUUCCACCAAAGGGAGAGUCAUGAGAGGGAAAGAGCAAUCGGAGUAAUACGGCGUCGAGGAUACCAAAACUGCUUGUGCAUGGUAUUAUGUGUCCGAGAUGUUGGAGUAGCUCAAACAUUAGACAGCUGCUGCAUGAACCCUUGACCAAACCAAAAAGAUACAAAAACGCUAUAUGUCACUGAGUGAGUGCCA